CCAAGUGAUUACUUCCCAUUUCCCAGGUUGUCAACGAAGACAGUAAAGAGCCAAGGGAGAAGUAAGAAGGGACACUAUGAACGACGUGAAUAAGGAGGGGAUGAACGGUCCAUCCGACAACGAAGACGAGGAGGGUGAGUUCUUCCUCGAAGAUGAAGACAUCAUUCAGGAAAUCCCUGUUGAUGAAGAAGACCUUCCUGAUGCGGAAGACGAAGCUGGGUCAGACGCCGAUGAUGUUGAGGAGCCUGAUGAUUCUUUGCACUUGUUCACCGGUUAUACAGGUGAACUGUACACUGUCGCAUGUAGUCCAACAGAUGCAAAGCUUGUGGUGACAGGAGGUGGAGAUGACAGGGGCUUCAUGUGGAAGAUUGGCGAAGGAGAUAUAGCUUUAGAACUGCCAGGGCAUAAGGAUUCUGUGUCUAGUUUAGCCUUCAGUGCUGAUGGGCAGUUGCUGGCCUCUGGAAGCUUUGAUGGAAUUAUUAAAGUGUGGGACAUAUCCUCGGGUAGUCUCAAGUGCACAUUUGAAGGUCCUGGAGGGGGAAUCGAGUGGGUCAGGUGGCAUCCUAGAGGACAUUUGGUGUUGGCAGGUUCUAAGGAUUCCACUGUUUGGAUGUGGAAUGCUGAUAAAAGUGCUUAUCUUAAUAUAUUUUCCGGUCAUGGAAGCAGUGUGACAUGUGGUGAUUUUACUCCCGAUGGUAAGACCAUCUGUACUGGUUCUGAUGAUGCAUCGCUGAGGAUAUGGAACCAUAAAAGUGGUGAAAAUAUCCAUGUUGUUAGAGGUCAUCCAUAUCAUACUGAUGGACUGACAUGCUUGACAAUAAGCUCUGAUUCAACUCUUGCAAUUACUGGUUCAAAGGAUAGCUCCGUACACAUAGUAAACAUAACGAAUGGGAAGGUUGUUGGUUCUCUGCUUACUCACACAGAUUCCAUUGAAUGUAUUGGACUAUCACAAAGCUUCUCUUGGGUUGCAACAGGAGGCAUGGAUCAGAAGCUUAUCAUAUGGGAUCUACAACAUUCUUCUCCACGCUGCACAUGUGAUCAUCAGGAAGGUGUGACAUGCUUGUUAUGGCUUGGCACAUCUCGAUUCAUAGCUUCUGGCUGUGUUGAUGGGAAAGUAAGGGUAUGGGACAGCCUCUCCGGGGACUGUAUAAAAACGUUCAGCGGGCAUUCUGAUGCCAUCCAAUCUUUGGCUGUCUCUGCCAAUGGGGAGUUCCUUGUUUCAGUAUCACUAGAUAAAACCGCUCGAGCGUUUGAAAUUGGUGAAUUUCGAUAAAGUAAAGAGAGCUUCUCUGCAUUGCUCGAGAGUUUUGUAUGGUUUCUUUGGUUGUACUGUGGUUUUCAUGUAUUAAAAGAAAUGUGGUUUGUAUUGUACAAAAAAUAAUAUGAUUUUGAUGAUUACUUAUCAGAGGAAUAUGAAUUUGUUUUUUCUCCACAAUGGGUUUUUGGUGGAAUACA